AUGGUGACACAUUUACAGGAAGGACAACCAAUAUCCAUCCACGCACCCCGCAUCAGAUCUGUAUUUUCCCGCCUCAUUCUUCCCAAGCUCCAGUGGCCAUCCUGUUGCACUUGGACAGAAGACCGCGCCCCCUCGCCCAAUGAACCAUGUCGUCGACUGAGCCGAGGGAGAACGUCUGUCCUCUUGGCCGCUUGGUGGGGUGGUCAAGUUGGCAAACAGUCGACGAGAGGUGAUCCAAUGUGGAGGAAGAACAAUGGGACUACACCACAAACUUCGUCUUCUCCACUUUGGCCUCGCCGCCAGCCCGAGUCGUCCCGGUACCCCAUCAGGAAGCAAACUAGGAGGUACAGUGCGGCUAGAGCAAAGAGCUCUGUGAAAAUCGUGGAAGAUAUGAGGUCGGUGAAGCCAAGUUGGCACCUGAUCUGA